AUGUUCUUCCUGCUCACCUCUCUGAAUGUCAUGACAGCCUGGAAAUGGGGGGUGGCGGGGCGCAAACGAACGGAGGACGGCAGCACCCACGUGCGUCCAGGGGACUGUGCCCCAGAGGGCACGGGCUGGGGCGCAGCUCCCUGCCCCGCCUCCGGGCACCGCAGAUUUCUGCGCGAAGAGAAUGACAACCCGGCGGCAAGCCGGAAUGACAAAGCCGACCUGAAGGCCACGCGCUUUUAUGUAAUCGACCUCGGUUCCAAGGGUCUCGUGGGUUGGCGCUGA